ACGCCUCUCAUUCGAGCUGAAGUGGAGGGAUUUCUGUGUGUUUGCAGAGCGGUGGCCAAGCUAACAAGCUAGCAGUGCAAAGAUAACUUAUCUGCAACUACCCUGCACUUCUUCACAAGCAAGUCAGCUCCGAGGAGGUGAGGACUUUGCUAUCGAUCGAGACGCCAAUAACGCAAAGAAUAGUGACUCACAAAAUGGAUUUAGAAGACGACACAACUGUGUUAACAACCUUGAAGUCCUUCAACUCCUUCAUCAGUCGCCCUGAACAUCCACAGCGGCUGUCAGAUCACUCAGCAGGGAGUGGGAACCUGCAGAGUCAGUACAAACGCAGCAUGGAGCUGUUGGAAGCAGCAGAGCAGGUUUACUCAAAGAAUCGCUACCUCCAGUUGGACCAGGAGAAAAAGCAGAUGGAGAUGAGUCACAAACGAGCUCGAUUUGAACUGGAGAAGGCUGCUUCUGACAGUGCACGAGACUUGGAGCAUGAGAUUGACCGGAACCAGGAACUCUUGGGACGAAUAAAAAAGUUGGAGGAGAGAGAGACUGAGGCAGCUAAGAACCUAUCAGAGCAGGUGGAGGCAAAUCGUGCUCUCCGUAAAAACCUGGAGGGCCUCAACAAGAAACUGGAGGAGCGAGAUUCUAGACUUAAUACUGCUAACCAGACUGUCAGUUCUUUGAAGGAUGAGAUCAGAGAGCUCAAGCAGAAAAUUCAAAACAAAGACUCGACAAUUUCUACUCAAACCCUGGAAAACCAGGAACUGCAGGAACAACUAGACUUACAACGCAGGAAGUAUCAGGAAGUGUCUCAGGUUUGCCAGAAUCUUCAAGCUGCCCAGUCCUCCUGCUCAGAGCACAUCAUCAAGAUCAAGGAGUUGGAGAGACGUCUUGCCCUCCAGGAGCAAGACAUCGCCAUUGUGAAGACUGUUAAGUCGGAGGUGGCCAGGGUUCCAGAUCUGGAGAAGGAGUUGAAGCGCCUCAGAGAUGAUAAUGCCUUUCUCAGGGAGAGCAGGGAGAAUUGCAGCCUGCUGAAAGAGGAGGUGGAGGGGCUGAGGAGGAAGCUGGAGAGGAUGGAGAAAACCAAAGAGGAGCUGGUCAAUAUGGAGCUGGACAAAGAGAGGCUGGCUGAGAAGCUUCAAGCCUGGGAAAACCUGGGGCAGUCUACUGGACUCAACAUAAGGAAACCAGAGGAUCUGUCCAGGGAGGUGAUUCAGAUCCAGCAGAGGGAAAUUGCUCUGAAAGAGCAGAACUACACACUCAACAGCCGUGUGAGGAGUGUGGAGCGCUCACAGACUGAGCUCCGUGCAGAGCUGUCCCAGCAGCGCAGCAAGACUCUGGAGGAGCAGAAGAAGAGGGAGUCACAGGACGCUCUUGUCCGUCGACUACAAAAGAGAGUGUUGUUAUUAACAAAGGAGCGUGAUGGAAUGCGGGCUAUACUAGAGUCCUAUGACAGUGAGCUGGCGCCUACAGAGUACUCUCCUCAGCUUAGUAAACGGCUCAGAGAGGCAGAGGAUGUACUGCAGAAGACACAGAACCACAAUGCAGAGAUGGAGGCCCAGCUGACCAAAGCGCAGGAAGAGACAGGGACACUCAGACUGCAGCUACAAACGGUGGAGCUGGAGCUGGAUUCUCUAAAGAAGCAGCAGGCCUCUGCUGCUGACAGCAGCUCUUUAGCGACCAAGGAAGAGGUCAGCAUACUCAGACAGAAAAUUGAAGAUUUAGAAGCAGAGCGGCAGCGUUUGGAGGAGCAGAACAAUGUUCUGGAAAUGAGACUGGAGAGACACAACCUACAGGGGGACUAUGAUCCAGUCAAAACCAGAGUUCUUCACCUCAAAAUGAACCCCACUGCUGUUGCCAAGCAACAGCGCCAGCAGGAAGUGGAGGCUCUUCGGGAGGAAGUGACACAUCUCAGGGAACUUGUGCGCUCGCUGCAGGAUGGUGGAUCUCUAGUCCAUUCUCAAGAUGACUCCAGCAUGCACAGCUCCAGCCUCGGCCUCAGUUUGCCACCAUCAAAAGAGAUUCUAGAUUUACGUAAGCAGAUGGAGAGUUCUGAGCUCAGGAACCAGAGGCUGAAGGAGGUGUUUCAGAGGAAAAUCCAGGAAUUCCGCACAGUCUGCUACGUCCUGACUGGCUAUCAGAUAGAUAUCACAACUGAGAACCAAUACAGGCUCACGUCAGUGUAUGCAGAGCACAUGGACGACUCCUUGCUCUUCAAAAAGGGCUCCAAUGGAAGCAUGCAGCUCAUGGAGACAGAAUUCUCCAAAACUCUUGGAGAGAUGGUGGCCCUUCAUCUGCAUCACCAGAAGAGCAUCCCGGCGUUCCUCUCUGCGGUGACCCUUGACCUCUUCAGCAGACAGACCACUAUCUGAAGUAAUCUGACACCAUCUCAAACACAGGGGUGUAGAAUAUAAGUUUGGGAUUAAUUUUGAUUUUAAUUUUCUAUACAUCUUUUUGCUCCGUCCUUUGCCUUUUUUCCUGUCUCAUAAGAUAUUCACAAAGUGUUCAGAAAAGUGCUUCACAACAGCUCUGACAUAUGAGUAGUGCAGUCGGUGCUGUGUUGUGGGGGAUGAACGUCUUGUUUGAUGCAAUACUUCCAUCUUGCAUUCAAAAGGCUAAGAAAACAGCUUGGUAUCCCUAUUUGUAUGCUGAAUAUUUCAUCAAUGAGUCUUUGAGAAAUACAUUUUUUCUUAACAAGACUAAGUUGUCAUGAAAAUAACACACAAAAGCCACUGAUAUUUGAAUGUGAAGCGGAUUUUUAUAGUGGUAACUUUGAUUAAUACAUAGUGUGGAAGCAUUUGUGUGGUUUUCUGCAGUAGUUGUGUUUUGCGUGGUCUUAACCAAAGCUGAGUCUUUAUUGACUCUUAUUCUGCCUUUUGUGUCCUCUCUCUGGGGGCCUCAUAUAAAAAGGUUUUACACAGAUGUUUUGUGGCUACAACUACCCUAAGCCAGUCCAAAGACUGUCUUAUUACCAUUUUGUUCCUUUUUCUCAUUCAUGUCCAGGGAUAGCAAAAUUUUAAGUAUUUGCUGUAGUUAUGUGUGACAUAGAUACUGUCUACCUGUCUCUCUUAGGUCCUUCUGUUAGAAGAAGCAGGAAGGGAGAAGGUAAAACAUCUUAGAGGAAAAUAGAGAUAAAAUCCAACCUUGACUUCUUCUGACCACAUUCAAAAUUCACACAACCACUUGAAAGUUGGAAAAAAAUCAAUAUUUGUUCUGUAAUAAUCUCACAAAAUUUCAAAGUUCACACUGUGCAAGUGCAACAAAGUGUGCCAUGUACUCAGAUAGGGAUCAUAGGGAUAAUCAUGAAAUAGUGUGUGGAAUAAUUUUGAACAUCAUAGAUGGAAAAAUCAUGAGUAUAUAAGGUAAGUACAAGGCUGUCUGCUGCCUUUUAAAAAUACAGCUGCUUUACAUAGAGAUUAACACAACAACAAACAACAGGAGUUGCCUUGUCAUUCAAGUGAAGCAGUGGAGGCACUGUGAUUAAGAGGAAACACUCUAAAUUAAUUCCAACAAAUAACAUGUUCGUUCUCUCUCUUCUUUUAUACAUCUGUUUUUGUCUGCCGCUCAUCUGCUUCAUAGAAAUGCUAAUAGACAUCUUUGUGUCAUGAAGUAGGGACGGAAUAAAGAAAGCACUCACAGGGCAAACACCAGCAAUGCUUUAAUGUUUAAAAUUUAAACAUCUGUUGAAACUUAAAUUUCACAGAAAAUACAAUUAGAGUUAAGUGUAACCUUUAUAACACAGAAAUAAGUUGUAGGAUAUGAAUUUUGUUUUGAUGAACUAUAAAUUAUUCUUGUUUUGAAUUUAGUUAAUGAUGGUGCCUGUGUGUAUUUGCGCGAGUACAAAAGCGAGACAAGUUAAGGGAAAUUUCUUGGCAGCAAUAAAGAGAAAUGGCAGAAAUAAACAUGGGGUGAAGAGGGAAGCUAGGGAGCAAUCCAAUAAAACUGAGAACCGAAAGGAAGUGAACUGAGAAUAAAGCCACUUAUCACAGCAACAAUAUAAGAACUCCAGCUGGUGCAUGCCAUAUGUCUCAUGAGAAAACAUAUUCUCCUGUACAGCACAUGCCACAUACUGUCCUUGUUAUUUUUCCUCUUUUUUUCCACACACUUUCAUUUUCACAACACAGCACAUCUACUGCACACCUGACUGCUCUCACCUAGAGGUCAUAUUUUAGAGUGUUUCAUAUAUUGUAGUGCCGCAUACAAUGCUCUCCUUCAGCAGUGUGAGAUGCACCUUGGCUUUAUAGUCCCCAUUCGAUAAGAAUGACUGUAUUCUCUUUUCUUUUGUAAACUUUGGUAUGUAAAUGGUAAUCAAUAAAGCAUAUGUCUGACUGUGA